AUGAGCCCACCAAAAAGCGAAGAUGCAACCGUGACGCGGCCAAAGCUUGCUCCGCCUGAGCCCGCAAGCAGCUCAAAUUCUUCUGCUAUCCCCAAAUCCAAGCGCCGACCAGGCCGCACCUUCAAGCACCCGAUUCGGAGCAGCUCAGCUCGGUCCGCUCGGUCCUCUCGGUCGAGGUCAAGUCCAUAUGACCGUCCUUCAAAUUCGCCCAGACCCAGGAUAUCGCGCCCGCAUACUCCCCGCAGGAUGUCCCUCCUCGAGGCCCUCCCCGUUGAGAUCAUCGAGCAGAUCUUUCUGCACUCGCUCAAUCUAAACUUCCCACGAGCGUCGCCAUUCCUAUCCCGCGCCCUCUCCCGCGAACACAUCUACCGCGUUCUCAUACUCCUUGCGUUUUGGAAUGAUUCGCUCGACUACCCCCGUAGCAAAGCCGUCGAGCGCAUGAUGGUCCCACUCGAAUACGUUCCUCUCAAACUGGACGAGCGUGCCCGCUUGCAGGAAGCUGUCUUCAAGUGUAAGUGGUGUACCGUGGACCGUGUGCGCGAGCAGAUCCCGACAAUGCAGAUUUUGUCUAUCCACCGUCGCUGGAUCAACGCCGGUAUCGUGACGAAGGAAGACGAACAGGAUGCUUUUGAAAGGUUUCUAGCACGUAAGGACGACAGCGUCCGCGUCUUCCACGGCAAGGGCAGACCAAUGAAGGAACUCGCUAGCAUGCCCCCAGAGUUCUUCCAGCUGGCUCCGAACGCGAUGAAAGGUAUCCACGAAUACGAACUCAAUGUUAUUCCAAUGGUCGCCACCGAGCUCCAAUGUGUAGAUGUGAGAUUGACCGUCAAUAUCCCUGCAUUGGACUUGUGCAGAUUCCCGUCCCAUCUCCUCCGAGGCCGCAGCAACGGAUUCCUUCCAGAAGACGUUGAUUUCUUGGAGAUGCUGCGCAUGACCUCGCGUAAUUGGACACCUGGAAAGAGCUCCUUGUCGCCAUCGACCCUGACCAAAGUCGACCGCAAAGCCCUAAACGAAGGAAUCCAGAACGCAAUUCGUCACCAGAACUUCAACGCCAUGCUCUCCCUCCUCAAGAUCGAUGAGUUUAUCUUCCGCUAUAAAGCAGAAAACCAAGGUCGCAGUGUCUAUUAUACGAUCCCGCCCGAACACUUCCUCUCUGUUACCCGCAUUGGCCGCGACAAACCACAUCUUAACUUAGCUUUCUUCGAGGCUCUCCUCCGUGCUAGUGCGGAGUCUUUGCCUAGUUGGUCGUCUGAGAUCACAAAGUGGACUGUCGAUAAUAUGGAACUCGCGAAGAAGAACCCGAGUGCCUAUAACCAAAUUAAUGGUAAAUUUGCACGCUGGUUGUCAAAUUUCGUGCUGCGUCUUCCCGCACAGGUUGAGUAUGCCCAUGAUUUCCCAACUGGUCAGCUGUUCUGUUGUGGCCAGUUGGAUGUCAUGGAUCUUGAGGGUGCUCGAUUUGUCGACGAGGUUCUUGGACCCUGCCGUGAACCAUUGGGGAAUUGGUUGGUAGAGAGUUCAUUCCAGACUGAGGGUCACUGGCUGAAGAACGGCCCUUCUCUUCUCCCAUGA